GGAAUAGAAAAGGGGAGGGAGAGGCACCAAGGGGAGAACAAGAGGGGAUGUUGAGGAGAGUCUUUGCAUAGUCAGAACACAAGACCAGGCAACGGCAAGAGAAUGUGAACACAAGACCAGGCAACGGCAAGAGAAUGUGAACACAAGACCAGGCAACGGCAAGAGAACCAGAACACAAGACCAGGCAACGGCAAGAGAACCUGAACACAACACCAGGCAACGGCAAGAGCACCAGAACACAAGACCAGGCAACGCCAAGAGAACGUGAACACAAGACUAGACAACGCCAAGAGAACCAGAACACAAGACCUGGCAACGCCAAGAGAUGGUGAACACAAGACCAGGCAACAGCAAGAGAACCUGAACACAACACCAGGCAACGGCAAGAGAACUUGUGAAAAAGAGUGGAAAGUGGAACCCUUCAUCACAGACAUGACAUCACUACAUGUGCUUCUCCUUGUUCUGAUGAGCUGGCCUCGCCUCCACGCCGACGCUGCUUCCACUUUUCCUCCCAUCACGCGUCCACGGAUCACAUUCAUCACGGACUUGGGUUCGGACGAUUACGAGGACUAUUACGAUGAGGACGAGCAGGCCAGCCGGGCUCCGCCCGUGGUUCUGGCUACCACCAGGACUCACUUCCUUCAGCGCGAGCUCUGCCCGUUCAACCCCUGCUUGGAGCAGCAGGUGCCCUGUGCCCAGCUGGCGGACAUCAGGGGUUGUCUCUGUCCUGGCAUCAGCGGGCCUGACACGCCCCCGCAUGCGCCGCGAGUCCAAGCCCUGGUGCCAAUCAGGGAGGGGGACAACCGGGGCAAGGUGGAGGUGCAGUGGUGUUCUCCUUAUUCUGUGGUGACUCAGUACAAGGUGGUGGUGGAAGGAACAGACGGACAAGUUCUGGAAUUUGGCAACGCUUCCCGACAAAGUCCUGUGGGGUUUCUGGAAGCAGGAACAAAGGUGUGUGUGGAGGCGGUGAACAAAGCAGGACACAGCACACCCUCACAGUUCUCCUGCCAGCGGUUUGAUCCUCCGUCUUCAGACUUCAACAUGUUGGCAGCCAUCAUUUGUGGAGGAAUCGCCCUUCUGCUCCUCAUCUCGGCCAUCAUCUUCUGGAGAUGUUGGAAGAGCAAAAAGGCAAAGAGAGACUCGGCCGAUGGACUUGGUAACCCUUCAUACAGCAAGGAAGAGACUCUGUGAGAUACACCAGUAGAUGGACUUGGUAACCCUUCAUACAGCAAGGAAGAGACUCUGUGAGAUACACCAGUAGAUGGACUUGGUAACCCUUCUUACAGCAAGGAAGAGACUCUGUGAGAUACACCAGUAGAUGGACUUGGUAACCCUUCAUACAGCAAGGAAGAGACUCUGUGAGAUACACCAGUAGAUGGACUUGGUAACCCUUCAUACAGCAAGGAAGAGACUCUGUGAGAUACACCAGUAGAAGGACUUGGUAACCCUUCAUAAAGCAAGGAAGAGACUCUGUGAGAUACACCAUUAGACGUUAUUUACCAUAGAGAGGUGUCAAGAACUAGACUAUCUUAUAGGGCUACAACUACAUGUUUUUUGCGGGCAAAUUGACUAAUGUAGAUUCCUAGAAGUUUUUGGGAAAUAUUUUGUGAUAUAAAACUUUGAUAAUAAAAUGAACCUAUUUGGAUCAAUAAAAGUGGGUACAGUUUGUUCUAUCUAUAGAUUUAUUUCCCAUAGUAAAGUCAUCUCAGGGCAUUCAAUCAUCACAACUGGACUGCUUGGUUGGUCUUGGAAGAUGUUUCACCUCUCAUCUGACUAUACUACAUCACUUGAUGAUCAUAGACUUAGAAUAGUCAGAUCUAGUCCAGUGGCUGGUGCCAAAACUCCAAACAUGUAUACUCCAAAACCAGGAGGGUGUGCCUGGCCAUGGGUUCACCCUAUGGUAGUGAGAAACACAACUAGAUGUGACCAAUCUAAGUCUUGGACUAGAUGUGACCAAUCUUAAGUCUAAGAAUAGAUGUGACCAAUCUAAGUCCAAGACUAGAUGUAACAAUCUAAGUCUAAGACUAGAUGUAACAAUCUAAGUCUAAGACUAGAUGUAACAAUCUAAGCCUAAGACUAAAUGUGACCAAUCUAAAUCUAAGACUAGAUGUGACCAAUCUAAAUCCAAGACUCGAUUUAACAAUCUAAGUCUAUGACUUGAUGUGACCAAUCUAAGUCUAAGACUAGAUGUGACCAAUCUAAAUCUAAGACUAGAUGUGACCAAUCUAAGUCUAAGACUCGAUGUAACAAUCUAUGUCUAAGACUAAAUGUGUCCAAUCUAAGUCUAAGACUAGAUGUGACCAAUCUAAGUCCAAGACUAGAUGUGACCAAUCUAAAUCUAAGACUAGAUGUGACCAAUCUAAGUCUAAGACUAGAUGUAACAAUCUAAGUCUAAGACAAAAUGUGACCAAUCUAAGUCAAAGUCUAGAUAUAACAAUCUAAGUCUAAGACUAGAUGUGACCAAUCUAAGUCUAAGUAUUGAUGUAACAAUCUAAGUCUAACACUAGAUGUGACCAAUCUAAGUCUAAGACUAGAUGUGAUCAAUCUAAAUAUAAGACUCGAUGUAACAAUCUAAGUCUAAGACAAAAUGUGACCAAUCUAAGUCAAAGUCUAGAUAUAACAAUCUAAGUCUAAGACUAGAUGUGACCAAUCUAAGUCUAAGUAUUGAUGUAACAAUCUAAGUCUAACACUAGAUGUGACCAAUCUAAGUCUAAGACUAGAUGUGAUCAAUCUAAAUAUAAGACUCGAUGUAACAAUCUAGGUCUAACACUAGAUGUGACCAAUCUAAGUCUAAAUCUAGAUGUAACAAUCUAAGUCUAACACUAGAUGUGACAAUCUAAGUCUAAGACUAGAUGUAACAAUCUACAGUAUACCAUAAUCCAUACACACAUAUACCAUAAUCCAUACACACACAUACCAUAAUCCAUACACACCAAUACCAUAAUCCAUACACACAUAUACCAUAAUCCAUACACACAUAUACCAUAAUCCAUAAACUCAUAUACCAUAAUCCAUACACACAUAUACCAUAAUCCAUGUACUCAUAUACCAUAAUCCAUACACACAUAUACCAUAAUCCAUACACACAUAUACCAUAAUCCAUACACACAUAUACCAUAAUCCAUAAACUCAUAUACCAUAAUCCAUACACACAUAUACCAUAAUCCAUACACACACAUACCAUAAUCCAUACACACCAAUACCAUAAUCCAUACACACAUAUACCAUAAUCCAUACACACAUAUACCAUAAUCCAUACACACAUAUACCAUAAUCCAGUGGUCCCCAACCUUCUUGUAACUGCGGACCGGUCAACACUUGAAAAUUUGUCCCACGGAUCGGGGGGGGGGGGUAUGGUAUUAUUUAUUUUUUAAUUUUUAUUUUUAAUUUUUUUAUUUUUUGUCAUAAGAAAAUUAAAUCAUGUGUGCAGACUGUAUUGAUCUAUAUUGGUAUAUAAUGAUUGAUAUAUAAUGUAGGAA